GUUUCAAAACGAGGCGUUGCGACAAACAAACAUGGCUGCCGUUGACCAAAAUUCCAAUGCGGUCGUGCAAGGAUUGGCACGUCAUUUAAAUACGUUAGGGGAAGAAAACAAAAUUGCACGCAGAAAAGCUUUAGAAAAUAUUCGCAAAGACACGGUUUCUAGAAAACCACCACUCAAUACUCCAGAAGUCAAGCCAGUACUGAACGAAUUGUUAAAACCAUUGUUGAAGGAGUUUUCGGAUCCGGCUGAAAAAUGCAGAGAACUGUCUUUAGACAUAAUACGAGGUUUCUUAAAAAGGGUAGACACGCCAGAAGAGUAUCUACCGUAUGUCAUGCCAGUUCUAGUUCAAAGACUUGGUCAGCCAGACAUUACUGAGCCGUCGGAAGAAUUGCGGUUACUUUCAGUUGAAUUUCUUAAGGAAAUUCUAGAAUGUUCUGGGAAGAAUCUUGCUAUCUAUUUGGAUGAUAUCAUAAAGAUAUUGCAGCGUACUAUCAUAGACCCAUAUGCAGAAGUCAAAAAGUUAGCUUGUCAGUGUACAUCCAUUUUGGCAAAAGCCAUUCCAGAACAUUUCCAUGCGCAGUCAGAAUCUCUUAUCAAACCAUUAUUGCAAUCUGUAUCUCAUCAACACUCUAAAGUUAGAACCAUUGUAGUUUAUACAAUAGGAGAUGUGAUACAGUAUGGUAGCAAUAAACCAGUGGAAACAGUAGUGUCACACUUGGCUCAACGACUUUUUGAUCAGACUCCUGCGGUCAGAAUGGCAGUCAUCAAGGUGACUGGUAACUGGAUGUUGGAUAUGUGUGAUCGCUAUUCAUUCUGGAACAAACUUAUUCCUCUACUUCUAACUGGUCUUUCUGAUGAACAACCAGAUAUCAAAGAAACAGCUGACUCUCUCUGGCAUGACGUUGGAUUAAAAUUUGCAAAUGAAAAUGAAGAUGAUUUGAAAGACAAGAUGGAUUUUGGAAAAGGAGACCCUUCACAUUACCCUCCAGGAGUGGAACGUCCAAAUCUGGGAUGUCGUACCUUGAUGAUGCGUCAUGUCUCGAGAAUACUGCCUGGUUUGAUGCGAGAUGUGGUUGACUGGGUGGCUGAUACAAGGAAGAAAUCAGCUGGUCUCUUGUACUAUCUGUUGCUGAACUGUGAGGAGUACAUUACACAGCACAUGGAACUUCUCACAUCGGGCAUGUACAAGGCAUGUGCUGAUGAGGAGCAGUCAGUUGUCAAAGAUAUUCAGAGAGCGGCAGAGUUAAUUGGCUACUUUGUUGAAGUUGAAGUUUGGAGUAAGCUGAUCUUGAAAAGUGUUCAAAACAGUCAACAUUACACAUCAAUCAUGGUACUGUCUUCAGUGAUACGUGGAACUGCAAAGGAAAAUCUGAAACCUUACUUACAGAAAAUCCUUGAUACACUUAAUAUACCAGAUGUCUGCCAGAGUGUUCAGGUUCCAGUACAGGUGCAACUGUUGUCAUGUUUAGAAUCCCUCCUGACAGUAUCAGGUACGGACAUUGCCGAGUCAUCACAGUCCACCCAGUCUGUGUUCAGUCUACUACACACAGUAUUAGCUAUACAACAAGGGGAGCUUAUCAAAGAUAAGGUGUUUGAGUUGUUAGACAAAUUAGCUGGUCUCGAGGGACUUGUUAACAGAAAACAGCUGUACCAUAGCCAUACGAAGCCACUCCUUGACAGUUUCCAGGACACUUACAAAGUGUGGACAAUACAUUCUGUAGAAAGACUUAUCUUUGAUGUUCUCAUUCUAGAAGCAGGCCCAGUGGUUGGUGACUUGCUGGAAGAUGUAAUGCCGAUAUUGACUGCUAACUUUGACCCAGACAAAGAUCCAGAAGUUCGGCUAAAAUUUUUCUCCCUUCUGUCACACCUUAUGAUGAAUUGCAAGGACACAGUGGAUUCUGGCGAUAAAUUUGCAGAAUUUGCAGAAAUUGUUGUGAAGAAUAUGAUUCUGCCAAACUGUGUGUGGAAGGCAGGUCGUGUGGCCAGUGCAAUCAGAACAACAGCUGUAUCUUGUGCUUGGGCACUUCUACAGAGUGGAGUUCUUACUAAGGAAAAGUUGGAACCUGUGCUAGAUAACGUUAUCACCCAGAUGUUGGCAUGUAUGGAUGACGACAAUAAGGGAACCAGGCUUGUUGCCUGCAGAGUCAUGACCCGUACUUUUGACCUUGCUGGUGCGAACAUCAACCAGGAUCGUCUGCACAACAUGUACCUAGAAUUGUUGAAAAGGCUUGAUGACAGUAGUGACGAGAUCAGACUGACUGUAGCUAAGACCUUUUUGGCAUAUCUUGACAGUUUUGAACAGGCUUAUGAUGUUCAGCUUUAUAGAGCUCAUCUUGAAGCAAUGUAUAAAGGUUUGCUAGUCCAUCUAGAUGACCCUGAUGAGAAAAUACAGGAGGCAAUAUUAGGUGUUCUGAAGAAAGCAGGUAGUCUGCUGCCAGGGAUGCUGAUACAAGAGGUGGAAACAACUAAACAUAAACAUAGAUCAAAGAAAUAUUGUGAAGAUCUUGUGUCAUAUUUACAGAAACUGUCAACUGAAACACAGUCGUAGCACAUACUGUCUGUUACUGGAAUCAUUGACCAUUUAAUUAUCAUACUGUAACUAGAUCUGUCUGUUUAGCUCACCAGAGCACAAUGUGUCCAAGGUGAGCUGUUGUGAUCACUCUCUGUCCAUGUCAUGUGUCUGAGGUCUGUUCACAGUUUCUCCUGUCAAGAUCUCUCCCUGAGACCAUGUGACGGAAGUUUAUUAAACUUGACGUAGUAGAUGUUCCUUGGUUGGUCCUUUUCAAAACUUGUUCAGAUGAAUCUGUUUGGCUGCACAUAAUAUGGGCCAGAAAAAUAUCUUUU